AUGGACAAGCUAGAUCUCCUCGUGACAGGCGGCAUUCUGGUCACAGCCUCAGACACUGCUCCAUUAGACAUUGGAAUCAGAGAUGGAAAGAUCGCUCUUCUGGCGCCUCCCGGUCUGCUUUCACCGUCCAUUGCCACCAAGCAUAUCGAUGCUGGGGGCGCCUACAUUACUCCUGGCGGCGUCGACACACAUGUUCACCUCGAAGAGCCACCCCUCUUCGGUGGUCGAGGUCGGUCGUCGGACACAUUCGAGACAGGGACGCGCUCGGCUAUCUGUGGUGGCACCACCACAGUGGUAGCCUUCGCACCUCAGGCAAAGUCUAUGCCCAGCCUGCUCGAAGUCCUUCGCGACUGUCACGACCGAGCCCGCGGUAAUUGCUAUUCGGACUAUGGAUUCCAUAUGCUGGUCGGAAAUCCAUCGCCAGCUGUGUUGAAGGAAUUCGGACCACUGAUCAACGAAGAGGGUGUCAGCAGUCUGAAGAUCUACAUGACGUACGAGGCAUUGCAGCUACGCGACGAUGAGAUCUUGGAUGUACUUUGCGAGAGCCGAGGUCACGGGAUCACAACGAUGAUACAUGCAGAGAAUGGUGAUGUGCUGAACUGGAUGACUCGGAAGCUUGAAGAGCGAGGCUUGGUCGAUCCGGUAUAUCAUGCAACGAGCAGACCGCAAAUCGUGGAAACGGAGGCGACGGGACGAGCAGUGGCAUUGGCAGAGCUAGUCGAUGCGCCGAUGCUGAUCGUACAUGUCAGCAGUCCGAGGGCUGCAGCUGUGAUCAGAGAAGCCCAGACUCGCGGCCUUCCACUCUACGCCGAGACCUGUCCACAGUACCUGUUCCUGACCAGAGCCGAUAUGGCUCACCCAGGCGACAAUGGCUUCGAAGGCGCCAAAUGCGUCUGCUCUCCUCCACCUCGAGACGGCCCCGAGGAUCACGACGGUAUCUGGCUGGGUCUCCAGAACGGCACUUUCACCGUCCUCAGUAGCGACCAUUGCCCGUUCAUGUACAACGAUACUGAGAAAGGAAAGAAGAGCAUCAUCUCCGAGAAGUAUCCGAGAGGCCAUUUCAAGGGCAUUCCGAACGGCAUUCCAGGCAUUGAAACGCGCCUAAGCCUGGUCAUGAGUGAGGCGAGGAUCACCAUGCAGAAGUUCGUCGAAGUGACAUCGGCAAAUCCAGCAAAGCUGUAUGGGUUAUACCCACGAAAAGGCGCUCUUCUCCCAGGCGUAAGCGAUGCUGACCUGGUCAUCUGGUAUCCAGAAGGACAACUGAGCGGCGCAGAGGGAUUGACAUUGACGAAUGAAAUGCUGCAUCACAAUGUAGACUAUACGCCGUUUGAGGGCAGAAAACUAAAGAAUUGGCCGAGGUACACAAUUCUGAGAGGUGAGGUGGUGUGGGAUCGUGAUGGAGACGGACUGGUGGGCAAGAAAGGAUACGGUGAGUUCUUGAAGCGGGGGAAGAGCAGUCUGCCAGGACCUAGAAAGGCUGGUGAAUUUGAUAUAAGUCAAUUCUAG